AUGAGGGUCCAGUUACCAAGAGCUCCCGUGCUUUGGUUCUGCGUGUCGCUUGCGCGUACGAUUCUUGGAGAACCGCUUCCUGAUCCUACGGGCGAGUACAACGUUGGUGCCCGGCGUUUUGUGGUGCCCUUCUUAGACGAGAAUGACGUCGUGUGGCCAAAGGGUGUUUCUACGGAAUACCUCGUAACGCUGUACUAUCCUACCGCGGAUGAGAAGCCUUGCCCGAAGCCGUACCUCGAUCCCGAGCUUGUCAAACUGUACACCGAUCUGUGGAAUUACAACAUCUCUCACUUGACGUCGACGCUGCGGUUGAACGCGACUUAUCUGGCCGAGGAAACGGGCCCCACGCUCCUCCUCGGACCUGGUGGCUGGGGUGUGCCGAGCGGUGGUAACUACAUUAUCAUCUCUGACCUGGUAUCGCAUGGAUACGUCGUUGCUGCCUUUGAUCACGUUUACGAGCAGCCCUUUGUGCGGUAUCCCAACGGCACGGGUGUCUACGGACUGCCACCGAAUUUCGGCAAUUACACCCUUGACUGGUUAGAGGACUUGCAUGCCGUCAGGGUUAGACAGCAGCUCCACUUCAUGGAUUACAUCCCUUCACUUGUGGCAGAGCUCAAGGCACCCUUCAAGACCAACGACUUUGGCACGUUCGGGGUGUCUUUAGGAGGCUCUGCUGCUCUGACCGUAGCGCUGGAGAGCGAUGCGGUGGCAGCCGCUAUCAACGUCGACGGUGGUCACUGGGGUCGACUGAAUAGCACAUCCGACUCGGACCUGAAGAAGCCUUCGAUGAUUCUCGGCUUUCAGGGCCACAAUGCGAACUCGGACCGCACCUGGAAUAACUACCGGGCCUGGCAGACUGGCUGGUGGCGUCUGUUCUCGGUGGACGGAAGUUUGCAUCCUGACUGGUCCGACCUGGGAUUCUGGAAGAUGUUCGGCACGACACGUACACAGGGGCCCAUUGAUGGAAACAGGAUGGUCCAUAUCUCGAGGACUUUCAUCCGAGCCUUCUUUGACGAUGUUCUGCGUUAUGUCAACCAGCCUCUUCUGGAUAGCCCUUCUGAAGACUUCCCCGAAGUGCAUUGGGAUGAGAUCCACAACGGACAAUGA